AUGCCCUCGGUGCCGGCGCUGUGCAAGGACAUCUCCCGCGCGGAGCUCAAACAGUACCUCAAGGAGUAUUCGACGGAGAGCGGCGAGAAGCUCUUUGCCGCCGCCAACGUGGACAUGCUCGAGCACCUUCCCAUGUCCACCGUCUACGAGGCGUCGAAGAGCAGCGCCAAGUGGGAGACGGUCGCCAACAUGCUCUUCCCCGACAGCAAGGCGGCGUCGGAGAUCUUCUUGAUCAAGGUGCGCGAGGCUAAGAAGGCCGAGACCGAGGCGGCGGCGUCGGCCAAGAAGUCGAGCAAGGUCGCGUGGAAGGAGGACCUGCUCGCGGCGAGGCGGGCGAAAGAGGCAGAAGAGGCGGCGGCGCGCAAGACGGCGGCACUGGAGCGCGCCCCGUGGUGCCUGAGCACGCCGGUAGGCGCCGAGCCAGAGUGCCGAAUCGCCACCCCGUCAUGGCACGGCGUGAGCUGCGCCUGA